UAAUUUCCUUGUCGUUUUUUUUUUUUUUUUGGUGCUUCGAUUUCUCCAUCGAUCACUUGGAGGGAGGUUCUAGGCUUGGCCAGCGUCCUCCGAUGAAGACUUCAUAGAAUGGCGCAACAGAGCGGUGAAGAUGAGAAGAAGAAGAAGAUUUAUACAGAUCCAGAGCUAUUCUGCUGCGUUUUUCAGCCCGUGACCUCUGACGCUGAUGCUCAGUACAUCGGCAUUCGGCGCCUUCUUCUUCACCGGAAGGCUGUGGCCGGCGUUGUCCGCCGUAUAGACUGGAGAAGCAACCAGAAAGGUUAUGUGGCCUACCGUAAUUACAUAUCUAGGCCAAGGGAUUGGGAAAGUUCACAAGCCCCUAGCCUCCAAGCCACUCCUGGAAACAGUGGCCGCUGGAUUCUACCUCCUAGUCCACACUCCCGUUGGUCUGAGGUGGACAGCUUGAGUUCUGUUCGGGAUCUACAAAGUGCCAAUCCACUAUCUAGUCACAGAACAAGUUUUGGCUCAAGUUUAGGUGAUAAUGAUCGUCCACGUCAGAGAGGUGUUGAGCCUGCCUAUUCUUUUGUAGGAAUGCAUUGCGUCUUUGAUCAAAGCAAAGCCUCUGUUACCGUUUUGAAGUUUGGGCACAUGAGAUCUGAUCUUCUUGCUUAUGGGGCAUCAGAUGGUACCUUGACCGUAUGCACUGUCUCUGAGGAACCCUCAAUCCUCAAACAAUUACAUGGUCAUUCCAAAGAUGUUACAGAUUUUGAUUUUUCAUCAAACAAUCAGUAUAUUGCAUCAUCUUCAUUGGAUAAAACUGUAAGAGUAUGGGAGAUAGCUAAAGGAAUUUGCAUACGGGUGAUAUAUGGAGUUUCUUCUCAAUUGUGUAUUCGUUUUCAUCCUGUAAAUAACAACUUUCUUUCAGUUGGCAAUGCAAACAAAGAAAUCAAUGUGUUCAAUUUCAGUACGGGAAGGAUAAUUAAUAAAACAGUAUUUGACAGUGAAGUUACCUCCAUGGACCAUGAUCAUACAGGAAAUCUGAUAUUUUGUGGGGAUGGACAGGGCUGCGUAUACUCAGUAACUAUGAACUCCCACACUGGGGUCUUAUCCCGAUCUCAUCGUCAUCGGAGUGGCACUUGGCACAAAUCGCCCGUCACGACCGUGCAGUAUAGAAGUUUCUCUCUUCUGGCUGGAGGACCAGUGUUGCUUGCAUGUGCUCAGGACGGAAAUCUGUCUUUCUUCAGCGUGGCUUUGGAGGUAAAAGGUUAUUUAACUCUUCGCUGCUCGCUGAAAUUAGCUCCACGUAUCCACAACAUUCAAGCUUCAUUUUGUCCUCUUCUUUCUCUUGAGAAAGGAGAAUUCAUUGUUGCUGGGAGUGAGGACUCAAAUGUCUAUUUCUAUGAUUUAACACGACCGAGGCAUACAUGCGUAAACAAGCUACAGGGUCAUCGCUUUCCUGUCAUUGGUAUUGCCUGGAACUAUGGAGAAAACUUGCUGGCUUCAUCUGAUUUUUAUGGCACAGUUAUCGUAUGGAAGAGGGCAAGGACAGAUCUAGACCAUAAUCAAUAACAACAGUACUUUAAAAUAGCUUAAUAUUUGCGAAAAUAGUUUUGUUAACAUCCCCAUUUUUUCCCGUUUCACCUCAUCUUUUCUAGCCUUCUGUAUUCUUUUGUUUGAGAUUCUUGGGUUUACAGCAUUGUCUUUUGUCUUCUUUCCUCGCUACGGAAAACAGGUGGAAAAUGUUCUAUAGCAAAAUAUGACCGGGGAUGCGUAUCCACACUUGGUGAGCAUGGUUUCAAAACCA